AUGCUGAGGAUCAUCUCAGGGGUGAGAUCUCCGUUGGACGCAACCUCUGCUCCAGGCAGCGCCACCCCUGCCUCUGCCUCCUCUGACUGCUCAACCACCACCUCUAUGGCAGCCUGCUCAGCCUCUGGCUCAUUCUUCACUAUGAUGUUCUCUAUGGCACCUGUAUUCUCAUCCUCCACCUGGAUGAUGGCUGCUGCUGCAGCAGCCUUGCCCUUAGGGGUAGCCUUGCUAGCUUUGGCAGGUGAGGCGGGUUUGGGCGCAUUCUUGGGGGGGUCUACUGCGUUUCCUCUUCACGGGAGGCUCCACAGUGAUAGGGAUAGGCUUGGUGGGUGGAGCCUGCUCCAACUCCAUCUCCUCCUCCUCCUCUUCUUCGUCCUCCAGCAGUUCCGCCUCAGCCUCCUCAUCCUCUUCAUCAAUGUCUCUUCAUCAAUGUCCAGGCUCUGUCGCAGCCGGGAGACUCAUGGGCGGCGCACAAUUGGCCCAGCGUCGUCCAGGGUAGGGGAGGGAAUGGCCGGCAGGGAUUUAGCUCAAUUGAUAGAGCAUGGCGUUUGCAAUGCCAGGGUUGUGGGUUCGAUUCCCACGGGGGGCCAGUAUUAAAAAAUAUAUAUAUAUAUAUAUAUAUAUAUAUGUAUUCACUAACUGUAAGUCGCUCUGGAUAAGAGCGUCUGCUAAAUGACUAAAAUGUAAAUGUAAAAUGUAAUGUAAAUGUCAUCCAGCUCAGGAUCAGCAUUGUCCUCACUGUCGUCGUCAUCAUCGUCCUUCCUUGAGCGCAUCUUCCUCUUCCUCCCAUCUCGUCCUCUCUUGGGUGGGGUUCCAAUCUCUCCUUCACCAGGAUCCCCGUUACAGUUCUCUGCAUGUCUGGCCAUGGUGUUCCUGCGGGUGAAGGUCUUGCCACACUUUGUGCACACAAAGGCAGUCGGCACAAAGUUGGGGUCAUGGUAGCGCCGGAAGUGCAUGUCCAGGAGCUGCUUCUGACGGAAGGUCUUCUAGCACUGGCUACAGGAGUAAGGCUUCUCUCCUGUGUGCGUGCGCCUGUGCAUCAGCAUGUGGCGCUCUUGUCUGCAGCAGUAGUCACACUGGUCACACUUGAAGCGUUUCUCAUUCUUGUGGGACUUCUGGUGCUGGAUGAGAGCGUAGCGCUCGUGGAACACAGCAUCACAGUAAUGGCAUUUCCUGCCCUGCUCAAUGAACGAGUGCUGCUUACGCAGAUGGACACCCAGGUCACUCUUGCGGGCGAUAACCGUGUCACAGUGGGGGCAGUGGAACUUGGCCACGUUCUCUGUGUGCUUCUGCAGGAUGUGCAUCUUCAUGGUUCCACUCUGGGUGAAACGGGCGUGGCAGAUGUAGCAUUCGUAUGGCUUCUCUCCCGAGUGUGUCCUCAUGUGUCUCUUCAGCUUGUAGGUGUCACUGCUGGCGUAGCUGCACAGACUGCACUGGAACGGGCGCUCCCCGGUGUGGGAACGGAUGUGCCGCUUCAGCUUGCUCACCUCCACACUGGCAUAGUCACACAUGGAGCACUUGAAGGGUUUAUCAUGAGUGUGCUUGUAGCGACGAUGUCGGACCAGCUCUCCGCUGGUCACAAAGGCCAUGUCACAAUCUUGACACUUGUGUGGUCUGGUACCUGUGUGUGUGUUGAGGUGGUUCCUCAGCAGGGUAACGGUCCUGAAGGCCCUUCCACACAGAUGGCACUUGUGGGGCCUCUCGUCCGUAUGGCUCUUCAUGUGUCGGUCCAGGUUGGAGCGGCGGGGACAGGUGUAGCUACACAGCUCACACUGGAAUGUUUUCUUCACACCCUUCUUCUUGAUCUUGGUGGGUUUGGGGGGGCUUCAUGUUGCCCACCACCUUCUCUGCGUUGACCUCAGAGAGCAUCCCCUCCUGCUGCUCCUCCUCAAAGUCAUAGACAGACACAUCCAUGUUGUCUUUGUCCCCCUCUGUGUUGUAGCGCAGCUUGCUCUUCUUUGCCUUCUUGGCAGUCUUCUUGGCUGGGGGCUGGUAGUCUGGGUCCGUGGUCCAUUGUGGGUCUUCAGUCUGGGGCUCGCAGUGCAGCUCCUCCUCCUCCUCAGGCUGGACCUGCUGCUCCUCCUGGUGCUGGAGCUCAUCCUGCUCCACUGUCUCCACCUCACCAUUCGCACCCACCUUCACCACCUGGAAGCCCUCUGGCAGGGGCAGGGUGUGGCAGAUCAUAGGGUUUCCAUCUUUGGGCAUGGCCGUGGCGUCCACAAAGGUUCCCUGUAGCUCCUCUACAGUGGCCUGCGUUACGGGCACAGCAGAGACAGGCACCUGGACUAGCUGUAGCUCCCCAAGGCCUCCAAGCUGCUGCUCCUUCAAAUUGACAACCUGCAGAGUGAUGAUCUGGGUCUCAUCCACAGUGGUGACAGUGGCCUCGUGGGCUGUGACCACAGGGGCGUCCAUCACCUCAGUCUUCAUCUGCAGCAGGGCCGGGUCCAGGGAAUCCAUUACCAUCAUCUCCACAUUGACUCCAUCCACCAGCUGCUGGGGAUCUAGACAUGCCUCUCCCGCUGGCUGCUCGUCCAUCACCCCCUCUGCUGCUUGCUGGAGCAGGUCUGCCACCACCUCCUCCCCCUAAUAGGUGAUGCUGUCCUUGGCCUCAACCACAACGUCAGUUGGUCCUCCGUCCAUUGGUAAUACCUGCACCAGAAAGGAAUACUUCAUCUUUCUAGACCUGCUUGGCUUCCUCAAUUUCUGACUCAACUCUCCUGACUGUUACCUGACACUCAACCUGCUCUUCGCCGUUUAUUUCCUCGCUGAAUUCGAUAGAAAGCCCAGAGUAUGUUCUUCAAUCUGACCGAGAUGGCUGAGAAUUUCGCCCUUCUCCUCCGGGGGUUUUAAUCCUCUCGGUGUAAGGUCUUUUGGUCUCUCUGUGUAAAGGUCUUUUGUGUAUACAGUGGGGAGAACAAGUAUUUGAUACACUGCCGAUUUUGCAGGUUUUCCCACUUACAAAGCAUGUAGAGGUCUGUAAUUUUUAUCAUAGGUACACUUCAACUGUGAGAGACGGAAUCUAAAAUAAAAAUCCAGAAAAUCACAUUGCAUGAUUUUUAAGUAAUUAAUUUGCAUUUUAUUGCAUGACAUAAGUAUUUGAUACAUCAGAAAAGCAGAACUUAAUAUUUGGUACAGAAACCUUUGUUUGCAAUUACAGAGAUCAUACGUUUCCUGUAGGUCUUGACCAGGUUUGCACACACUGCAGCAGGGAUUUUGUCCCACUCCUCCAUACAGACCUUCUCCAGAUCCUUCAGGUUUCGGGGCUGUCGCUGGGCAAUACGGACUAUCAGCUCCCUCCAAAGAUGUUCUAUUGGGUUCAGGUCUGGAGACUGGCUAGGCCACUCCAGGACCUUGAGAUGCUUCUUACGGAGCCACUCCUUAGUUGCCCUGGCUGUGUGUUUCGGGUCGUUGUCAUGCUGGAAGACCCAGCCACGACCCAUGCUCUUACUGAGGGAAGGAGGUUGUUGGCCAAGAUCUCGCGAUACAUGGCCCCAUCCAUCCUCCCCUCAAUACGGUGGAGUCGUCCUUUCCCCUUUGCAGAAAAGCAUCCCCAAAUAAUUAUGUUUCCACCUCCAUGCUUCACGGUUGGGAUGGUGUUCUUGGGGUUGUACUCAUCCUUCUUCUUCCUCCAAACACAGCGAGUGGAGUUUAGAACAAAAAGCUCUAUUUUUGUCUCAUCAGACCACAUGACCUUCUCCCAUUCCUCCUCUGGAUCAUCCAGAUGGUCAUUGGCAAACUUCAGAUGGGCUGAACAUGCGCUGGCUUGAGCAGGGGGACCUUGCGUGCGCUGCAGGAUUUUAAUCCAUGACGGCGUAGUAUGUUACUAAUGGUUUUCUUUGAGACUGUGGUCCCAGCUCUCUUCAGGUCAUUGACCAGGUCCUGCCGUGUAGUUCUGGGCUGAUCCCUCACCUUCCUCAUGAUCAUUGAUGCCCCACGAGGUGAGAUCUUGCAUGGAGCCCCAGACAAAGGGUGAUUGACCAUCAUCUUGAACUUCUUCAAUUUUCUAAUAAUUGCGCCAACAGUUGUUGCCUUCUCACCAAGCUGCUUGCCUAUUGUCCUGUAGCCCAUCCCAGCCUUGUGCAGGUCUACAAUUUGAUCCCUGUUGUCCUUACACAGCUCUCUGGUCUUGGCUAUUGUGGAGAGGUUGGAGUCUGUUUGAUUGAGUGUGUGGACGGGUGUCUUUUAUACAGGUAACGAGUUCAAACAGGUGCAGUUAAUACAGGUAAUGAGUGGAGAACAGGAGGGCUUCUUAAAGAAAAACUAACAGGUCUGUGAGAGCUGGAAUUCUUACUGGUUGGUAGGUGAUCAAAAACUUAUGUCAUGCAAUAAAAUGCAAAUUUGUUUUAGAUUCCGUCUCUCACAGUUGAAGUGUACCUAUGAUAAAUAUUACAGACCUCUACAUGCUUUGUAAGUGCCUUGAGCAAGGCACUUAACCCUAAUUCCUACAUGCCUUGAGCAAGGCACUUAACCCUAAUUGCUCCUGUAAGUCGCUCUGGAUAAGAGCGUCUGCUAAAUGACUAAAAUGUAAAUGUAAUGUAAGUAGGAAAACCUGCAAAAUCGUCAGUGUAUCAAAUACUUGUUCUCUCCACUGUAUAUAAAAUAUAUAUAUAUAUAUAUAUAUAUAUAUAUAUAUAUAAAACAAAUGAAAAUUAAAAAUAUCCCAAAAAUAUAUUUUAUAAAAUAUAUAUAUAUAUAUAUAUAUAUAUAUAUAUAUAUAUAUAUAUAUAUAUAUAUAUAUAUAUAUAUAUAUAUAUAUAUAUAUAUAUAUAUAUAUAAAAAUAACAAAAAUUGUAAAGUGGUUGUCCCACUGGCUAUCAUAAGGUGAAUGCACCAAUUUGUAAGUCGCUCUGGAUAAGAGCGUCUGCUAAAUGACGUAAAUGUAAAUUAUACAGAGCUAUAGGCUAUUAUACAGAGCUAUAGGCCAUUAUACAGAGCUAUAGUCCAUUAUACAGAGCUAUAGUCCAUAAUACAGAGCUAUAGGCCAUUAUACAGAGCUAUAGUCUAUUAUACAGAGCUAUAGUCUAUUAUACAGAGUGAUUUAUAGAUGACCUGGAGCCAGUGGGUUUGGCGACGAAUAUGUAGUGAGGGCCAGCCAACAAGAGCGUACAGGUCACAAUGGUGGGUAGUAUAUGGGACUUUGGUGACAAAACGGAUGGCACUGUGAUAGACUACAUCCAAGCAGGUUUUCAUCAAGGAUCUCUCUUUGCUCCAUUCAUAUUUUCCUCGAUCCUGACUAGUCUCCCAGUUCCUGCCGCUGAAAAACAUCCCCACAGCAUGAUACUGCCACCACCAUGCUUCAUCGUAGGGAUGGUGCCAGGUUUCCUCCAGAUGUGACACUUGGCAUUCAAGCCAAAGAGUUCAAUCUUGGUUUCAUCAGACCAGAGAAUCUUGUUUCUCAUGGUCUGAGAGUCCUUUUGGUGCCUUUUGGCAAACUCCAAGCGGGCCUGAGGAGUUGCUUCCGUCUGGCCGCUCUACCAUAAAGGCCUGAUUGGUGGAGUGCUGCAGAGAUGGUCCACAGGUGGACUCCAAUGAAGAUGUAGAAACAUCUCAAGGAUGAUCAAUGGAAACAGGAUGCACCUGAGCUCAAUUUCGAGUGUCAUAGCAAAGGGUCUGAAUACUUACGUAAAAAAGGUAUUUCUGUUUUAAAUUUUUAAUACAUUUACUAAAUUAUCUAAAAACCUGUUUUCGCUUUGUCAUUAUGGGGUAUUGUGUGUAGAUUGCUGAGGAAAAAUAAUUAUUUAAUCCAUUUUAGAAUAAGGCUGUAACGUAACAAAAUGUGGAAAAAGUCAAGGGGUCUGAAUAAUUUCCGAAGGCACCAUAUACUGUAGGUGGGUAAUAUAGAUCUAGCUGAAUAUGUGGUACCUAAGGAGCCUGAGUUCAGCCAGCAGUGUGGGGUUUUGCUGGGCCUUCUCUGGGGUGGGCUGGGAGGCCUGCUCAUGCUCCAGACGCAGCCGCUGGAUCUCCUGAAGGAUCUCUCUGAGGGACCAGAAGACACAACAAAAUGGAGAUUUAAAAUCUGCCGGAAAAUGACGUUCUGAAAGCAGAUCCCGGUGAUCAACAGACUUCAGUUUAUUUACUUAUAAUUCACAAAAUUCUUAAAUUAUGAGCAUACAAUAAAUCUGAUUAACGAAAUGAACUGAUAAACGAAAUCUUUAGUACUGAUUUUUUAAUUGUUACAUGUUUCUUCAUAAAGUGACAAUCAAAUACAUUCUCACCUGUUUUUGUUUUCUAGUUCUGCUAUUAGCUGCCUCUGUUGUUUGUUGGCAUCGAAGUUUAAACUCAGAUCGGUUGGAGGACAUUGCUAAAAGACAAAAUUACACAAAAUUACACAAUAAAAACAGAAUUAACAAAACUGAGCGGCUAAAAGAGAGAAAGACAUCCAAAAUGAUCUCCUGCCCAGAAGGAGAAGUCAUGUGUGCUGUGCUUUAGACUUUUGAGUGACUAUUCUAACAUCUGGGGCCUUGUCAGCCCAACCUGCAUUUUUAUUUCAUCUUUCACCUUAGUUUCUGGUGACAGUAACCUGUGGGUAAUGUUUACCUUAGUUUCUGGUGACAGUAACCUGUGGUAAUUUACCUUAUUUCUGGUAAGUAACCUGUGGGUAUGUUUACCUUAAGUUUCUGGUGACAGUAAAACCCGUGGGUAAUGUUUUCCUUAGUUUCUGGUGACAGUAACCUGUGGGUAAUGUUUUACCUUAGUUUCGGUGACAGUAACCUGUGGGUUAAUGUUUACCUUAGUUUCUGGGGACAGUAUCCUGUGGGUAAUAUUACCUUAUUUCCCGGUGACAGUAACCUGUGGGUAUGUUUACCUUAGUUUUCUGGUGACAGUAACCUGUGGGUAAUGUUUACCUUAGUUUCUGGUGACAGUAACCUGUGGGUAAUGUUUACCUUAGUUUCUGGUGACAGUAUCCUGUGGUAAUGAUUACCUUAGUUUCUGGUGACAGUAUCCUGUGGGUAAUGAUUACCUUAGUUUCUGGUGACAGUAACCUGUGGGUAAUGUUUACCUUAGUUUCUGGUGACAGUAACCUGUGGGUAAUGAUUACCUUAGUUUCUGGUGACAGUAACCUGUGGGUAAUGUUUACCUUAGUUUCUGGUGACAGUAUCCUGUGGGUAAUGAUUACCUUAGUUUCUGGUGACAGUAACCUGUGGGUAAUAAUUACCGUAGUUUCUGGUGACAGUAACCUGUGGGUAAUGUUUACCUUAGUUUCUGGUGACAGUAACCUGUGGGUAAUGUUUACCUUAGGUUUUCUGGUGACAGUAACCUGUGGGUAAUGUUUACCUUAGUUUCUGGUGACAGUAACCUGUGGGUAAUGUUUACCUUAGUUUCUGGUGACAGUAACCUGUGGGUAAUGUUUACCUUAGUUUCUGGUGACAGUAACCUGUGGGUAAUGAUUACCUUAGUUUCUGGUGACAGUAACCUGUGG